AUUGGAUAAAUAAGUUAAGCAUAAACUUGAAACUGGUACUCUUAAAUACCUAACCAAAAAAAUAUAUGUAAUAGAUAAAAUAUCAAAAAUGCCAAAAUUUUAUUUUAUUAAUUAAUAACAUUAAUCAUGUUAGCAAAAAUCAACAUUCACAUGAUAUAUACAAAUAAUAAUCCACUUGAAAGAAAACGAAUGUAAUUAAUGACAACCAAGAAGCAGCACAAAAUUCCAAUAAUUCUCAACUCGGAUGAAAGUUCAAACUUAUCCAAAACUCAGAUAGAUGAUCCAUUGAUGAAACCAUAUUCGAGCCAUUUGAGCUGUACUAUAAAACAUAAAGAUAAUUGUGAUAAAAAUGUUAGAUCCAAUCUCACAACCUAUGAGAACAAUAUUUUACCUACAUUACAUACACAAAUUCAUAACAAUAAUAAUAACUUGGAAAAAAAUAUAAUUGAGACUGGAACUCACGAAAAUGAUUUGAAUGUGCCGACUAUACUUCAUCCAUCCCGUUCUUGUCCUAAUAAUAUGGAUUCAAUAAAUAAUAUCGAAAAUUGUAAUGAACUCGAAAGGAUUCCAAAAAAUAAAACCGAUUACUCAAGCAAGAAUUCCGGUAAAACAAUUCCUCCCAAGAUGUGCCAAAAUAAAUACGAGCUGAAAGAAAUAUUGGGAACGGGAGCUUUUUCGGAAGUCUAUUUGGCUCAACUUAAAGAUGACCACAACGUUAGGGUCGCUAUCAAGUGUAUCAGUAAAGAGGGGAUCAAAGGAAAAGAAGAAUCUUUAGACAAUGAAUUACAAAUCUUAAAAAUGCUAUACCAUCCGAAUAUCAUCAAAUUAAUAGAAAACCUUGAAGAUGAUCAAAAUUAUUAUCUAGUCAUGGAAUUGGUAACUGGUGGCGAAUUAUUCGAUAGAAUUGUGGAAAGAGGCAGUUAUAGCGAAAAGGAUGCCAGUUUAUUGAUCAAACAAAUACUGGAAGCACUCCAGUAUUUACACGAUUUAAAGAUAGUUCAUAGAGACCUAAAACCGGAAAAUUUGUUGUAUUAUUCGAGUGAAGAGAAUUCCAAAAUAAUGGUCUCUGAUUUCGGUUUAUCGCGUUUAGAGUGUAGCGGGGAUUUGACCACGGCCUGCGGAACGCCUGGUUAUGUAGCGCCCGAAGUCUUGCUCCAAAAUCCUUACGGCAAAGCCGUUGACGUGUGGUCUAUAGGUGUCAUAUCUUUUAUACUCUUAUGCGGUUAUCCACCAUUUUACGAUGACGACGAUGCCAAUUUAUUCGCUCAAAUAAUUAAAGGUGAAUACGAAUUCGAUUCCCCUUAUUGGGAUGAAAUUAGCUCCUCGGCCAAAAAUUUCAUUCAACGACUCAUUAAUGUCGAUCCGAUAAAGAGGUACACUUGUAGACAAGCCCUAGCCCAUCCUUGGAUUGCAGAGGGAGCGGCAUCAACUAAAGAUAUACACGAGCAAGUAUUCCCAAUAAUGAGGAAAAAUUUUGCUAAAACACAUUGGAAAAAGGCUUUCAAUGCGACGGUCGUGAUUAGGCAAAUGAAAAAGCUGGCCAUUAGCUCACAAGCACUUCACGGAAAUUGAAGACUAUUAUAUUUUUCCAAAUUUAUUACAAUAUAUUUUUAUUUCAUAACAUAAACUCUGCAUUCCAAAUUAUUUAUUAUAAAUAUUAUAAUUUAUUUUAUAUUUAUAUUAGCAAGUCAUUUAUAUAUUUUUUU